UAGUAAUCCGGCCCUCAUCGCAGUCCCGCCUUUUGCUGUUGCGCCAUUCAUAAUGUCUUUGUCUUCCUUUUUCCCUUCUAAAUUGUUCCUCCCAUCGUCAAUGAAUCCCCGCGACCGAAGCUCGGACCCCCUCUCUCAUUUGCGAUACGUUUUGGAAACCAUGCCUGGGUCAAGAAAGUACACUUUUACAUCUGCUACUCGCGCAGAAAUACUAUCAGAGCUAUACGAUUCCUUCUGGGGCCCUUAUGCCCAUGUCUUUCUGCCAAACUCGAACUCGAGCUUACCGUUGAAUGCGAUGUUGAGUGAAGUUCAGGUCAAAUUGGGCUUUUGUGGUGCUGGAAAGGAAGCGCCGAUGAUUCCUGGAAGACCUUGUGCGCAUAUCCUGAAAAAAGGCGAACCUUGCUUCCGAUGCAAGGAUUGUGCGUUAGACGACAGUUGUGUGUUAUGUUCAAGGUGUUUUCAUGCCACUGAUCAUACAGACCACAAUGUAAGCUUCUUCAUCGCCCAGCAGUCAGGAGGAUGCUGCGAUUGUGGUGACGACGAAGCAUGGCGCACCUCUAUACAAUGUCCAUACCAUCCUCCAGCUGCCUUGGUGGCAGAAUCCUCCGUCCCAUCCUCUUCAGCUACCGACACGCCUAGAUCAGCUCCGAAACAUUUGUCCAGUGCUAUUCCACAACCCGUAAAACAUUACCCUUACCGGGUAUCUGUUCCUCCAGAAUUACGCGAGCUCAUGAACCGCACUGUCGGAUAUGCUCUCGAUUUCAUCCUUGACACCCUCGAUUUUUCUCCGGACGAUCCAUCAGUGCCUUCCAAUGAAGCAGAUUUGCGACUACAACCCUCCGCCGAUCCGAUGAUGAAAGACCAGUACUGUAUUAUGAUCUGGAACGACGAUAAACAUUCUUUCGACGAGGUCAUCAAACUUUUAUGCGAUCUAACCGGACGUACUAAGGAGGAAGCGUCUGAAUCCGCUCAUCGAAUUGAUGAAAAUGGGAGGGAUUUGGUCGAAAUGGGGACUGAAGUUCCCCGUCUACUGGAAAUUGCCCAGAGCAUCUCUCAGAUUGAUUUAGGCGUUACAAUGCGUCGUGCAUAUGACACGUUCCGAGAACAAGUGGCUUCUGUCAUCAUUGAGUGGCUGUUGGAUCUUACUCAGAGCCGGUUGGGGACGGAUACUCUGGUGAUGAGGGAGGUGAUUGCUGAGGAAUUACUUUCGCCGAGAAAGAGGGACAAUCAUAGUUCGUAUGGCUACAGCGCGCAAAGUCUUCAUUCCCUUACAGAUGUUCCCAAUCCCACACGACUAGAUCAUCUAUUCCUUUCGCAUACAAGGCUGUGGAAGAGGCCUCGCCUCAGCUUGAAGGAGAUAUAUACUUCGGUCUUAACUAUUAGUCGAGACCAUAAGUUGGCUGUUGCUGGUCACUUUGCUCGAGUUUAUCACCGUGUCAUCGACGCUUAUCUGCUCGUCGACCGUGAAGCCGAAACAUCUAUUAAAUACUUCGCCCUCCAGCUUUUCACCGUUCCCUCCGUCGCCUCUCACAUUGUGCGCCAUCACAAGCUCAUCACGCGUCUUCUCGCUAUCAUCACGUCCUUCUUCACGAACCAGAUCAUCGAUAAACAUAUCGUGUACCCACCUUCCAAUCCAAUGAACUCAAGUAGCUCCUCCGCCCAAGGCUUACUUGAACAAACUCUCGACCCCGAAUCCUUCCCAUUCAAAUCCAAACGCUUUAUGCCCGUUUUCUCCGACCUGCGAUAUCUCAUUUCCAAUGCACCCGUACAAAGACUCAUAGCGUCUAAUCCACAUCUAUACAUAUCCCAAUUCGCCAAAACUUGCCAACUGUUCAUGGGUGUCAAUCCGAACAAACGUAUGGUCGGGGGUCAUGUUGAGUUCGAGGGAGAUGCGUGGAUUAGUGUCUUUAAUGUGACGUUGAGUCUAGGAAGAGUUAUAAAGGCGUAUGGUGCAGCCUUCGGCGUCAGUCGAGGAACAGACGCUACUGGUGAAAGUUCUAGCUCGGGCCCUGGUGCUGGAGAGCUGGUUGCCGCUAUUCAAACAGUAGUUCAUCACAUACUAAUGGUCUGUACUGAGGAGAAAUUUGGGACUAAUGGGUUUGGGAACGGCAAAGUCCAGUUUCACAAAAUAUUCUUCGGCGGUGCAAUCUACCAGAUUAUAAAGUUCGACGUAUUGGAAGGAUGGGUCAGUUUCCAUCAUUCGCUGCAUUGGCUUCUAGCGGAAUUGUUCAAACACGUCGACAUACUGGAUACAGGCAGACUUAGGAGAGAGGUAGGUGUUGAAGGUGGUAUUAGGGACGUGGUGAUAAGAGUCGCGAGCGAACGUGCUGUAUUGACAGUUGUAGAUUUCCCGUUGCGAGUCUUAGCAAUGAUUGCACAGAUACGAUGCAAUCUUUGGGUUCGCAACGGUUUCGCUAUUCGAGGUCAACUGCUUCACUACCGAGACUUUAUGCUUAGAGAACUAUGCUAUGAUCAAGAUCUUUUCAUUCUGCAAGUUGGACUCGUCAUACUUGAUCCAAACACCGUCAUUGUCACCAUCCUCGACCGUUUCGGGCUCUUAUCGUUCUUCUCUGGCGGACCAUUCUCUUUGCAUCAUACGGUAUACGACUCGACCCAACUCACGGGUAUGGCUGAGGAGGUUCUAUACGUCCUCAUUUCCAUCUUGAGCGAAAGCGCCAAUAUCUCGCAGAUGAGUGUCGCAAACCAGGCGAGAAGAGAAAUAGUACACGCCCUUGCGCUCGGCCCCUGUUCGUACACGGACCUCAUCAAACGUAUUUCUGAACGUUUGGUCGAUGACAUGGCAUUCGAGAAGAUGCUCAGGGAAACAACGAAAUUCCGUUCACCGGAAGGAACGAGUGAUAUUGGGACGUAUGAGCUAAAAGACGAGUGCUUCGAGGAAGUCAACCCAUUCUGGUACCAUUAUACCAGAAACAAGAGAGAAGAGGUGGAAGGGAUCCUACGCAGACGCUUAUUGAAGCAAAACCCGACAGUACCAGAUCCUGUGCUUGUUCCCAAACCGUUAAAUGUAUCACCAAGUGGGCCAUUUGCUGUUUUACCUUCGACAUUCGAGAGUGAGGCAUUGCUACAAGUGAUGUUUUACGCAAUCCAUAACGUCCUUGCCCUUACCGACGGAGGCGGCUCUGCACCUCCCUCUGGGGAAGCUAUUCUUGACCAAGCUCUGCAUCUCGUCAUGCUUGCUAUCGUCGAGCGUCCUUCGAUAUUUUGUACACUCGCUUCGCUCAGAGCAUUCGAAGAGGGAAAAGUUACACUCAUUGACGUCCUAUGCAAAUUGGAAACUCACGAGGGGUUCAAGUCGUACAAAUCCAGGCUAGGAUGGAUUCUAGAUCAGAUGCAUUCCUGGGAGCCGAGAGAGGUCGAGAUACGAAGAGUCGUAUCUGGAUCUCACGGUACUAAUCAGAAUAGUGGUGGGACAUUGGAUGGGGCGACAGGUGCUGCACCUGAUCUUGAGCAAGCCAAGAAGAAUGCGGCCAAGGCGAGGCAGGAAGCCAUCAUGCGCCAAAUGAAAGCCCAGCAAGCUAGCUUCGCCUUCAGUAAUUUUGAGGACAUGGAAGACGACGACGAAGAUCAGGAUAUGGAAAACGAGGGAGAGGAAGAAGAGGUAUCGUACGGCACGUGUAUCGUAUGCCAAGAAGAUUUGAAUGCAUCCAAAGCUUUUGGGAUGCUUGGGAUGGUACAGCCAAGUAGGUUCAUUCGAAGACAGCCAGACGGACAUACAACAUAUCUCAACGAUGUCUUGCAAGCACCAGAGUCCAUGGACCGACUCUCCCCAGUACCUCAGCCUGCAGUCAUAUCUGCCUUUCCCCCUGCGAACGCUGAGGCUCUCGAUGCCACUGCGCAAGCCAAAAUGGUAACAGCGGGUGGCGUCUCACAAAGCUACGAUGGUUUCCCCAAUCAGUGUACGCGAUUUGGACUACAUUCGUCUGUAUGCAGUCAUAUGAUGCACCUGGAUUGUUUCCAUAUUUAUAGCCUUUCAAUACGUCAGAGACAUCGCACACAGGCGACAAGAAACCAUCCAGAGACCAUCCCGAGGAAGGAGUACAUUUGUCCAUUGUGCAAGAGUUUGGGGAAUGUCAUACUCCCAGUAGCAAAACCGCCCUCGGUCGAACUCAAUGCAGUGCCGUUCCCGGAUUGGACAAGAGGAGCAGGAAUAAGUAUACUCAAAUCGAAGCCGGAUCCUGCAUUAGAGGCGCUCCAAUUUCGAAACGGGACGGGAGAAUUUGUGUUCUGGAGUGCCCAGGAUACCGGCUAUUCUCUGGCAAUGAGAAAUUCGGACAAAUUUGAAGGGAACGACGGGAUGAAAAUGGUUGAUACCGUGAUGGUGGUUGCAAAAUCUUUCUCUCAGCAGACUCGUCACUUACGGGAGCGGCACGAGCCUGAACCGGGUGAAAGAGGAGCCGGAAUCUAUCUACCCGAAGAGCUCAUUGGGUACACCAUCGCGAGUAUUGAGAUUGCUCAGAGAGGCACUGACGCUCGAGGAGGUUUGAUGGUGGAUAACCUGUCGGAAUCACAGAUGCGUAUGAUACGUGGACAGUUGAGCGUCCUUACCAGGCUAUCCGCCCUCCACUUCAAAGCACGUCCGGAUGAAGGUCAGGACGCAAUUCGGCAAGCCAUCAUCAAACGCUUACUACCGGAAUGGAGUCGAAGCUCUCUAACCUCAUUUUCCUUUCCGCUCCUACUGAGGGACCCUUUUACAGUGCUGAUAGAAACUGCAGCUGUAGCUCCAGAAAUCUUGCGACAUGUUAUGAUACUGAGUUAUUAUGCUUGUCUCGCGCGCACUGUUAUCGGUCUUGUGUUCAUGCUGAACAAGAUUCGCAGUUAUAACACUACACAGCUCUCUCGACGUCGACAUGAACACGUUUUCGGUGAUGUGCGCAUGUUUUUUAUGUCCGUUGUCCGGCACUCGCCAGUCUUUGAACACACGGCGACGCUGGCUUUCGAAACGUUUGGAGAAGCAAGGAUAGAGAAGCUGCUGUUUGAAUUUACGCUUCCUUUCCUUCGCAAAGCUUCCAUCCUCUGUCGCUCUCUUCUUCCUUCCCAUUUUCCCACUCCAGAUUUUGGUGCGAUGGACGAGCCAACGGAGUAUACGCGUCUAUUAACUUUUUUGGGUAUCCCGCCAUUAGCCGACCUACCCCAUCAGGAUACUUUACAAAAUGCGCUGUCAGGGUGGUGUGCCCAUUAUGGACACUCUCAUGCAUCUGCACCGUUGAAUUUCGGUGUUGUACUGGACAUUCCAACAGUUUAUCGGCUUGCUAGGCUACCAUUCGUUUUGGAUAACUUGUUUGUAGAUCAAGACAAACUGAUUCCUUGUUCAAGAUGCGAGACUAUUCCGGUUGAUGCGGCAAUAUGCUUGCUGUGUGGCACAACUGUGUGCUUCCAGAGCACAUGUUGUAUGGAUGACGAGCGGCAUGGAGAGUGCAAUAUGCACACCCGAGAAUGUGGUGGCGCUCUUGGUGUCUUCUUCCUUGUUAAAAGAUGCAUCGUUAUAUAUCUCUACGGGAAUAACGGUACAUUUGCUCCAUCACCAUAUUUAGACGUGCAUGGCGAGGCAGACGUUUCUAUGAGACGAGGGCGCCGUCAGUACCUUCACUAUACCCGUUGGGAAGAUAUUAGGAAGACAUGGAUGAACCAUGGCGUGCCCACAAUAAUAGCGCGCAGACUAGAAGGUUCUUUGGAUUCAGGUGGAUGGGAAACCUUCUGAGGCUGUAUAUGUCUCAAUCUCGCUUUCGGAAAUGCUGUCCCUGUUGUGUACUUGAGUCUUAGUCUUUAUCCACUCCCUGUUUUGAAUCCUACGGCUAAACAUUAGCUCAAACUACAAGUCCAUCUCGCCGAGUUUCACUUUGUAUCCAUAUUGUAUAAUACACAGGACCGUUUUAAUGUAAGAAUAAAUACACAUCGCAUUUAGAGAAGAGCGAAAAACCGUCGAACUUAGGCUGAACUUAAAGCUUUGCUUUAGUCUUUACUACUAGAGUGCUCCCGUGCUCCAGUAGCUCUGCCGCCUCAUUUACCAUAUUCUCUAUAAUAGUCUUUGCGGGAAGGAUAUCUUUAAUUAA